CCGAUAUAGCCUAUAAGUUGGCGCAUAAAACUUGACAACUAAGGAGUCUGCGAAGGCAACGAAGGGCCGCGCUUGAGGACUUUGCACUGAAAAUAGCCAGAAUAGGUUAAUAUAAAGGUUCCGUCUCAGUCGUCCGGUCGAGCCAGACUCUAGUGUUCAUCAUGAGUGACGGUCUUUUCAGGCCGCGCUGCAGCGCCCGCUGGCACUAAGCAGCACGCUCACACAACGCUUAUUAUUCAAACCAUUUCAAUUGUCAGGGCAGCAUCGGCAAGCUGUGUUAGAGUCGCUGAUGCGCGACGGUUUUGUUCCGCCAUACACAGCAUUGAAGAAGCCCUUAUUGGAGAUAAAGCUCGUCAUAUCAGCACGAGCCUGCAUUACGAGCCCAGACUCGCCGAGUGCGGAAAUGGCAUCAAACUCAGCUUGGCAGUGUAGCUGACGGCCUCGCAAUUAGUGUUGAAGAAUCUCCAUAAAACAGUGGUAGUCGCUCGGAUAAGAUGUCAGAGAAGCCGCGGCUUGACAUCCGAGCCCCCACCCUGGUGAAGGCCCCCCUCCGGCGGGGCACGUCAUCGGUCACCGCUGGCGCCCUCACAGCAAGAGACAGCGAACCGGACUUGCUCGACGCCGCAAUCGCGCUCGCGACCGCCUCCAGCCCCGGAGGAGCCGGGCACCGCACCGCCAGCGGCGCCCUGCCGCCCUCCUCCCGCGACACACCCAUCUCCUCCUCGACCGCCCACACACACCUCGUCCUCCCCGGCUACUCCAGCGGAGCCUCCUCCCGCCUCCUACUCAUCGGCGGCGUCGGGGGCGGCGCCGUCGGGCGCGCCGGCUCCGGCGCAUCCACCAGCGGCCCCGUGCUUCGCGGCUACGCCAGUGGUGACGUCCCCGGCUUCGCACGCGCCCCUCCAAGCGCGCCACUAGACAGCCCCGCCGGCCACGGCCACGGCGGCGGAUACGGUCACGGUUACGGUCACGGCGGCGGCCACGGCAGCGGCCACGGCGGCGGCGGCGUCAGCCACGGCGGCGGUGCUGACUCGGACAACAGCCGGCUGCCCGCCAUCGGCGGCGGCGGCCCGCCGGCCACGCCCUCUUCGCGAGGACUCAGCAGUCCGCAGCCGGGCGGCGCCGUCACACUUCCCUCCAUAGGCGGCGCUGGCGGCCCCAACGGACUCGGCAGUGCCGGUGUCGUCGGCGGCGGUGGCGGCGGCGGCGAUGGCGGCCACAGCCUGCACGGCGGCGGCGGCGGCGCCUCCGCGCCCGACUCGCCUGUGGUCGUGAGCUACGUGCACCGCGGGGCGCCGCCGCUGGCUAAGUCGUACUCACGCGCGGCGCUGAGCAGCCGAAGCACCACGGGCAUCAGCUCGGGUCCGGGAGGAGCGGGCGGCGGCGGCGGCGGAGGCCUCCGGGCUAGCGGCGCAGCAGGCCAGGCGCCGCCGCCGGGCGGCUUUCUGAAGGGCCUGCGGCGUUUCUUUGGCAUAGGCGGCGAGGCGGCGGCGGCGGCCGCGGCGGCAGCUGCGGCUGCUGCUGCUGAGGCGGCGGCGGUGGCGGCGGCGGGGGAUAUUGACGUGGACCCACAGGAUGAUACGCAGUUGCAUUCGCUGCAGCCGCAGCGGUCGCAGGCGAGUGUGAUGCUGCUGGCCCGACACAAGGCCGAGCAGGACCGGGUGAAGAGGCUGCGGCAGGCGGCGCUGGCGGACACAGGCGGCGGCGGGGGAGGCGGGAGUGACCUGGAUGACGACGAGGGCGGCACGAACACACUGCAGGACCGGCUGCGCAGCAAGAGCUUCACCGCCACUGCACUGGCCGACCCCAACAACCCGGCCUUCCGCACCGCAGCCAAGCUGGCCCGGAUGCAGGAGCGGGAGGGGGCGGAGCGGCGCGCGGCGGCGGAGCGGGAGGCGGCAGCGGCGGCGGAGGCAGGCCGUGUGGUGGUGAAGCCCACGCUCGUUGCAGACGGGUGGCGGUAGCGCACGGUGCAUCCCUGAUGAGGCUUUCGCCGUACGUGAGUGGGGGUGUGAAGAGAUGCACCACUCUAGGGAAAGCGUCGAGAGCCAAGGGGAAGGGGGGAGGCUUACGUGCGGCCAAGCGACUAGCGUGUGCGUGCGUGUGUUAGUGCCUGAAGCAACUUGGCAGCCCUGGACGCAGGGCACGGUAGGGCGGGGCAGAACAGCAGGGAACGCCCGUUUUCUGCAAUAUGUGACCGGGCUGCUCAUUACGGUAGGUGGUGAAAAACCCUGCCCGGCUUAAAUUGCUCCACUUGUUUGGCAGAGUGAAAGUGGCCAGGGCCAAGGAGGAGCACUAGGGCGCACGCGUGUAUUGAUUCAAGUUCUUCGGGGGUGCCCCCCCUAUAGUUCAUGGAUCUCGGGUACUUAUGCUGAAUUGCUAUGACUCUGGCCUGGAUCCCAGCCCAGGUUGCAUGCUCAUGAGUGACUUGUCGGGCCCGGCCACAUCAACAUGCAUAGGCGGGAUUGCGCCCGCCGCGCGCACCAGAGUGCGCGAGCGCACCUAGCCGUGAAACCUGUCUAUGUUAACACAU